UUCCGCUUCCGGCGGAGGCCGCUCUUUCUUUUUCUCCGCAGGGCCGCGGUGGCAGCGCCGUCGGUGUUCUUCUCCCAGAGCUAUCGGGUGCCAUCCUCGUCGCUGCGGCGACUCACGCGGCAGCCGCAGUCAUGACGGAGCAGAUGACCCUUCGUGGGACCCUCAAGGGCCACAACGGCUGGGUGACACAGAUCGCCACCACCCCGCAGUUCCCGGACAUGAUCCUGUCCGCGUCUCGAGAUAAAACCAUCAUCAUGUGGAAGCUGACCAGGGAUGAGACCAACUAUGGCAUACCCCAGCGUGCACUGCGGGGUCACUCUCACUUUGUUAGUGAUGUUGUCAUCUCCUCUGAUGGCCAGUUUGCUCUCUCAGGCUCCUGGGAUGGAACAUUGCGCCUCUGGGAUCUCACAACGGGCACCACCACGAGACGAUUUGUAGGCCAUACCAAGGAUGUUCUGAGUGUGGCCUUCUCCUCUGACAACCGGCAGAUUGUCUCUGGAUCCCGAGAUAAGACCAUAAAAUUGUGGAAUACUCUGGGUGUCUGCAAGUACACUGUUCAGGAUGAGAGUCAUUCAGAAUGGGUGUCUUGUGUCCGCUUCUCCCCCAACAGCAGCAACCCUAUCAUCGUCUCCUGUGGCUGGGACAAGCUGGUCAAGGUGUGGAAUCUAGCUAACUGCAAGCUGAAGACCAAUCACAUUGGCCACACAGGCUAUCUGAACACAGUGACUGUCUCACCAGACGGAUCCCUCUGUGCUUCUGGAGGCAAGGAUGGCCAAGCCAUGCUGUGGGAUCUCAAUGAAGGCAAGCACCUCUAUACACUUGAUGGUGGGGACAUCAUCAAUGCCCUGUGCUUCAGUCCCAACCGCUACUGGCUCUGUGCCGCCACAGGCCCCAGUAUCAAGAUCUGGGACUUGGAGGGCAAGAUCAUUGUAGAUGAACUGAAGCAGGAAGUUAUCAGCACCAGCAGCAAGGCGGAGCCACCCCAGUGCACCUCUCUGGCCUGGUCUGCUGAUGGCCAGACACUCUUUGCUGGCUACACGGACAACCUGGUGCGGGUGUGGCAGGUGACUAUUGGCACCCGCUAAAAGUUUAUGGCAGAGAUUUAGAAAUAAAAAUGGAUUUCUGAAACUGG